ACCGCCAUCUUUGUUGUUGUGGUCGCUGCAGAGAGCCUAUUUCACUUCAAAAUCGGUGUUAUUUUCCUAAUUUUACGUUUGAUUUUGAGUAAGUGAAGGUCAGGAGUGGGUGCCAUGGCGCAGUACAAAGGAGCGGCCAGUGAGGCUGGAAGAGCCAUGCAGCUCAUGAAGAAGAGAGAGAAGGAGCGAGAACAACUCGAGCAGCUCAAGCAGAAAAUAGCUGAAGACAACAUGGUCAAGUCCAACAUCGAUAAGAAAUUCUCAGCUCAUUAUGAUGCUGUGGAGGCAGAGCUCAAGUCCAGCACAGUUGGUCUGGUGACACUGAACGAUAUGAAGGCCAAACAGGAGGCUCUGGUCAAAGAGAGGGAGAAGCAGCUUGCCAAGAAGGAGCAGUCCAAGGAGCUCCAGCUCAAACUCGAGAAGCAGAAAGAGAAGAAAAGAAAAGAGGAGCAGAAAAGAAAGAUUGCCAGUUUGUCUUUUAACCCCGAAGAUGAGGAGGAUGAAGAAGAAGAAGGGGAGGAGGAGGAGCUGGAGGAUUUUCCAGCCAAGAAGAAAAAACUGGGGAAAAAUCCAGAUGUGGACACCAGUUUUCUGCCAGAUCGAGACAGAGAGGAGGAGGAGAAUCGCCUGAGAGAGGAGCUAAGGCAGGAGUGGGAGCUCAAGCAAGAGAAAAUCAAAAAUGAGGAGAUAGAAAUCACCUUUAGUUACUGGGAUGGGUCUGGACAUCGAAAAACUGUCAAAAUGAAGAAAGGAAACACCAUCCAGAACUUUCUACAAAAAGCUCUUGAGGUUCUUAGGAAGGACUUCAGUGAACUACGAUCUGCCGGUGUGGAGCAGCUGAUGUACAUAAAAGAGGAUCUGAUAAUCCCACAUCAUCACAGUUUUUACGAUUUUAUUGUUACCAAAGCCAGGGGCAAAUCAGGACCCCUCUUCAGCUUUGAUGUCCACGAUGACAUACGGUUAGUGAACGACGCCACCGUGGAGAAGGAUGAGUCACAUGCUGGAAAAGUGGUACUGCGGAGCUGGUAUGAGAAGAACAAGCACAUCUUUCCCGCCAGCCGCUGGGAGCCCUAUGAUCCUGAGAAAAAAUGGGACAAAUACACAAUCCGGUAAAAGCUGUCGCUCUCCUGGAGUCAGUUAUCCUGUUGAAAAAAAGAAACAUUAUUCAACCAUCUCAUUUACACUUGUAAUUGUAUAAUUGUAAUUCUUAUGUAAAUACCCUUUUUGUGGCCAAUAAAACAAACCUGUGGU